GAUCUAGAAAGUCUUGCCUUAAAUUUCCAAUAUGAUGAUAUAUUGAAGACCAAUGAACAAAUUCGACCUAUUUGGAUAUUAUUAGUAGAUGGAAGGCCAGACAAAAAUCCCAGAUAUUUGAAAAACAUAAUGGUAUACUGUCAACUUUUUAAAAAGUUUGAUUUGGAUUACCUGAGUGUACGAACGCAUAUACCAGGCAAACUUGCUGGGAUCACAUUACCAAUUGACCACUUUGGCAAGCAUUUGGAUUUGCAAGGAAAUGUCACAAAUCUCGAGUUGGCUUCUCAAAAUUUUUGA